CAUAUCUACUUCCAAACUCAGCUAGUUCUUGGUUGCAAAAAGCAACAACGAGACGCAUUCAUAACGAAGCAAAGAUAGAAAUGCAGCAGGGACUGCUAGUCUCAGUGAGGACAAACACUAAACUGCAACCAGCAUCUAGCUGCUAGUGUAACAAAAUUCAGACCCGACGCUCCUCAUCUUUUCUUGAAACCAUAUUUCUUACGUUCAUAGAACAGAUCGGUCUUCGCACUGCCCAGAUUCACAAUCUUGGGACAGCCAUCGCGGUCUUUCUCCUGUUGAGUGCACUCUUUGCAGUAGUAAGCAUCAGAUAUGCCCACUCCUCCACAGAUCACACAACGACCCUGGAACGAUCCGUAGUUGCACUCGUCGCAGACUCGCACCAACGUGCAAGGGCGCACAUAGGAGUCGCAAAUCACACAUUUGCCAUCACAUUUCUCGCAGAGUCGCCCAAUGGCAAUGCCCGGUUGCUUCCUGCACAUGAUCAAAUCAGGAUGAUGCUUGGCCAUGGCUGCUGCUGCUGCUUUUGCUCUACUACAGGUCUAGUUGUGCUACUACACCAGUCAAUCUUUCAAACUUCCUAAUCGCUGGCGAUUCGGGAGAAAUUUGGGGGAUUCCGCCGCUCAGCCGAUUCUCGACAAACGAGGCGGAGAAACUUCUGCUCGGCCCGACGCCUAGCCGCCAACCUGGCCGCUCCUAAAUCCUGCCUUCCCGGUUUUCCUCGUCGGCUGGAGACGGCGAUGUAGCCUUUUGCAGGUCGCCGGAUUUUGUACAGGAAGCAGAGCUGCAGAGGCACAGAGCCUUCGUCGAAGCCGAAAGCAGAGCACUCUCAAGCAAAACCCUAGGAGCUCUCCGUUGCUUGCUGAGUCGCAGCCUGUGCCGCUCGAUAUCUCUGUUGUCUAUUGCGCAAGGAUGGUGAGAGUUAGCGUGUUGAACGAUGCUCUGAAGAGCAUGUACAAUGCAGAGAAGCGGGGGAAGCGCCAAGUCAUGAUCAGGCCGUCCUCGAAAGUGAUCAUCAAGUUUCUCAUUGUCAUGCAAAAGCAUGGAUACAUCGGUGAAUUUGAAUACGUUGACGAUCACAGGGCCGGUAAAAUUGUUGUGGAGUUGAAUGGAAGGCUGAACAAAUGUGGUGUCAUCAGUCCAAGAUUUGACGUCGGAGUCAAGGAGAUUGAAGGCUGGACUGCUAGGUUGCUUCCUUCUAGACAGUUCGGAUUCAUUGUGCUGACAACUUCUGCUGGCAUUAUGGACCACGAAGAGGCAAGAAGGAAGAAUGUUGGUGGCAAGGUUCUCGGUUUCUUCUACUAAGCUUGGUUUGCUGGCUUCAGAUUCAUACAUGUGACGGGUUGAGUUGAAAUUUUUGGAGGUGAAUUUGAAUGUAGGAUCCUUGUACUGGUUUAGGCUUUUUCUCAAGUUAUUGGUUGUGGCUGGAGUGGGAGAGGUCCAUCUCCUCCACUAAGUCGAAAGGACAGCCUAUGUUUGUGCUUGACAUUUAUCUGAAUGUUUAUGCUUUGUUAUUACUACAUGUUCAUGAGUUGAAGUUUCAAUCUUGUUUUGAAUUUGUGCUCCCAGUGUGACAGCUCCUUACCUUCUGAGGAUUUUGGUUGAGCUUUAUUCGUUAUUUUGUGCUUUGGAUCAAAACGGUAGGGCUUUACUGUUAAUGAAUUGGUAAAUGACUCCGUUUGGCCAUCAUUUGAACAGUUGAAGGCAUUACUUUUACAAUACAUCGUAACACUGUUAUGUCAUGAA